CUCCAUCAACCGUGGCAUAACGCUGUGACCUUCCUCAGCAUGGCCCCUCGACCGCUGCUCCCCAGAAGAUUUCCAUGUGGUUCUUGGUGUUUCAUGGUUACCAGAACCCUUGAGUGAUAUCAGGCUCCACAGGUCCCUGUGUGCCACCACCACCCAGUCACAUCAACUGUCACCAGGGCUGUCACAAACAAGGAGGUGUGGGUCAUCACGUGGCCCUUUCUGAGUAACUACAUUCUCGCUUCCUCCUUUCACACACGGCCGUUGGGCGUCGGCAGGGGGUAGGACCGGGCGGGGGUGGCACAGCAGUGUCCUGCAGUGUGGAGCAGCGAAUUCUCCUGAGCCCACGAGGCAGCUGCCCAUGCUCUGCUGAGCACGGUGAAGGAGGUCAGGUGGAGGCUGAGGGGCCUGCGAGUACUUCCAGCCGCUCAAGGAGGGGUGCCAUGCCUCUGCAACUCCUCCUGCUGCUGGUCCUGCUGUACCCUGGCCGCAGCCUCCAGCUGUGGGAGGUCCGGGAGGAUGAGGCCAAGGAGGCCCCGGGCCACCUGCUUGCCCGGGGCCGGAGACAGGUGGGUGAGGACAAGGAUGACUAUGAGGAUUACGGCACAGACCCUCCAGAAGUUCUGGGAUACAGCCCAGGGGCUGAGACCCUGAGUCCUAAGCUUCAGACUGUGGCGGGAACCUCAGGGCAGAGAGAUUCUGCAGGGCCUGGUACUCCGGAGCCUGCCACUAUGAAGGUGACCACAGGAGACUCUGCCACAGGAGGUGCAGCCACUGAGGAUCUUAGCACAGAACUGGCCACGCAGGGGAUUCCCGUGACACCAGGUCCUCUGACCAAAGACCUGGUCACUGCAAUCCCUCCCAACACAGAGGCUCCAUCCACAGAGGGGGCUCCAUCCACAGAGCUGGCCACCAUGAAGGCCCUGUUCGUGGGGUCAGAGGUCACAGAGACAUUGACCACGCAGCCUGCAGCCACAGAGGCCCUGUCCACAAAACCAGCAGCCACAAAAGCACUGACCACACAACCUACAGCCACGGAGGUGCUGUCUAUGAAAUCCACCAGCAUGGAGGCCCUGUCCACAGAACCAGCAGCCACAGAAGCACUGACCACAGAACCUACAGCCACGGAGGUGCUGUCUAUGAAAUCCACCAGCAUGGAGGCCCUGUCCACGGGGCCGGCAGACAUAGAGGCCCUAUCCACAGAGCCCACCACCACAGAGACCCCGUCCAAGGAUCCAACCACCAUGGAGGCCAUAUCCACACAGCCUGCUACCACAAGGGGUCUAACCACAGCCCUUGUGCCCGCUGAUCUCUACAGGGGCACCACUGUGGCCAGCAGCAAGCCGCCUGAUACCUUGGUCAAAGAAGGGGAAAGCCGGCAGGGUCUGCUCCCUCGGAGCUCUGUGUCCCCCCGCCCCACAGAGGGCCUGGACUACAUCCCGGUGAAGCGCUGCCUGCUGGCCAUCUUCGUCCUGGCGCUGGUGGCCACCACCUUCCUGGUGUGCACCGUGGUGCUGGCCGUCCGCCUGUCCCGCAAGAACCACACGUACCCCGUGCGCAGUUACUCGCCCACCGAGAUGGUCUGCAUCUCAGCCCUGCUGCCCGAGCGGGAGGAGGGGCCCGUGGUCACUGCCAACGGGAGCCUGCCCACCACCAAGAGCCCAGGCCUAAAGGCAGGGCCCCAGAAGGACCGAGACGGGGACGACCUCACCCUGCACAGCUUUCUGCCGUAGCUCUGCCGGCCCAAGUCCCCGAGCAGGUCUCCUCGCUCUCCGCGGUCCUAACCACCACUGAGCGCUCAGGCCCCGUGCACGUGUCCGGGCUGCACCGAGGCCCCUGGGGAACAGGGAUCAUUCGGGCCCCUGGCCACUGCCACAGGACUGAGGCAGCCCAGAUCUCUCCUUUCUCCCGGCCUCUGGAGCCUCAUUCCCACGAACCCAGGGAAGACUCGGUCCCUGCCUUCACCCCCUGCUCCUGUCUCGUGCUUGCCAUGGUCAUGAUGUGUUUUGGGGGUGGAUACUGAGGAGUGUUAGUCUCCUGCGGCCGGUUCCUGGUGCUACCCCACAGCGGCGACUGGAUUUUCUCAGCUCCUCCUCCAGGGAGCCCAGGGGGAGGUGUUGUCUUUGAGGGCUGGGGAGGCUUCUUUGAAACUAUGCGCAUCUCUGAGCUUCCUUCUGGUGACAGAGGAACCCCAUCCUGCCCUCUCAUGCCUCCCCUGUGUCCAAGGUAGGGGGCGCUGUGUUUCUCCCUGAAGCAUCCCUCUGCCCAGCGCGGGCCCACAGGGCGGCACUCAGUAAAUAUCUGAUGAACACGUACCAGCUGAAUGCUUCGAGGUACUGGGGGGCCUCCUUCAGGCAGGGUGUUGGUCCUUUGCAGUCCCGUCCCCUCAGGAAGCCCCUUGCAUGGGCCAUCGGGUUGACUUCAGUAGUGUGUCUUGGGCAGGGAGUGGGGUGGGGGGCAUCCUGGUAUAUUCCUGAGAGGCUGCGGAAGAUUUCAGGCCAUUUGGGGUUAGAGGGAGGGACCACUUGAUUCAACUUCCUCCAUGACCCAGCUCUGGCCUACGGAAUCGGGUUCUACCAAAUCUCAGACAAGUCUAAACAUCAACGCCGGCCUCCCCAGAAGCCCACUGUGACCCCUCCGUUCCGCGUGGGGCCUGUCUCUCAGUAACACCCAGACCCACCCUCCCUCGCACGGACACCUUUGGCUUUUGUACAGCUCACAGAGUACUGACUGUCAUCUGAAGUUCAGGGCCAGCAGACUUUUUCUUCAAGGACCAGGCAGUAAAUAUUUGGGGUUUGGCCGGCCACCAGGUCCCUGUUGCAACGUCUCAGCUCUGUAAUCGAAUGCGGCAAACAAUAGCAUGUCAUGAAUAAAAGGGUUUGACUGAGUGCUAAUAAAACUUUAUAAACAGGUGGCAGGCUGGAUUUGGCUGACCCCUGAUUUAAGCAUAGGGUGACCAGAAGUCUCAGUUUGCCUGAGACUGUCCUGAUUUUAGCCCUGGAAGUCCCAAGUCAGGACCGCUGGCGGCCCUAUUGAAGAGCCGCUUAACCGCGUGCAUGUACGACCACUUUUGAAACCCACCUUGACCCCGAGGGUCGGAUCAGAGUCAAGGCUUGCGGAGGUGAAGUGGCUCUAUCUGCCUCCCGGCGCCUCUCACUCCUCCUCCUGCAGGGAAGGGCACUGGUGCACCUUCUAGAAGGGGAAUAAAAUCCACUUUGGGGGAGACCUUUUCUCUUCUAGAAAAACACCUCCGGUGGCCUGUUUAGAAGUGAAGGGCCAUCCACUCCAGGACAUAACCUGCAAGGGGAGAUUUCGGCAGGGGUCUGGAGACACUGGCUGCACCCCAGGAGAGAGGGCUUGUGGGGACGAGGAGAGAUUGGGGAAGGGAGGGAGGGAACGUGGCAGGCAACAGAGUCUGGGAGAAGUGGAGACUGCUUGCCCCUCCCCUGAGCCUCUGGAACAAGUAUGAUACACAAGGUGUGUUCAGGGCGCUUUGGUGGAAGAGGGGUGGCCAUUGUGCCUGGGGCCAUCAGCCCUGGAGAAGGAGGGUUGAUGCGUUAGGAGGAACAUCUCACUCAUUUCCCCUUAGGAAGGGAUGAGAAAAAUCAGCUGGGAUUGGGGACUGAGAAUCUAAAAGACUUGGGGACAUCUGAGAAUUUUUCCCAGGGUCUUGUUACCUCGUCUUUCUGGGCAGGGAGCGGGUGUCCCUUUCUCCUAGGGGUCCUGGACUGCCUGGUUUUCUGUUCUUCCAAGGGGCAGGAUUUGUCAGUCAGUGAUGAUGAGUGUUUAGAGCAGCCACCAGGGGGCGCCCGGUACCAGCUCUUAGAGCCAUUUGCAGCCCAGCACCCUCCCGUCCAGUGUUUGAGGAUGAAGGAGGGACUGGUAGCCAGAACCAGGCUCCAAACCCAGCUGUGUGCUUGUAACUGUUUAAUGACUGGCUCUGUGGGUGAAUUGGUACCCAUGCCAUGAUUUGUAGUGAUUGCCAAUUUCAUUGACGUAAAUACUUCCAUGGCUGAUUUUGAGCAACCAACCAUUCAUAUAGAUGAUACAAUACAUGCCAAUCAUCUCAAGGGCAUAGAUAAUAGUAGAAUAUAGUAAGAUAAUUAGGAAGGGAUGAGUUUUGAGUAUCGAGGACCUUAGUUUUUAAUGGUAUAUAAUUUAACUUAUGAAACAACUAUCUCGCAAACUUCUGAAAAUCGGAUAAUUGGCUCUCAGAGACAGGCCGGCACCUGCAUAACACUGUGCCCUUCCUCCUGCUCUGACCUCCCAUUGCCCUUGAACACCAGAGCUCAAUUGCCCAAUUAAUCCAUUUAGCAAAUAUAGCCUGAGCGUGAAUAUCUGCAACAUCUCCUCGAGUCCCCUCAAACAGCCUGGGAAGGAGGAACUAGCAUCCUCCCCAUUUUACAGAAGAGAAAACUGAGGCUCAGAGAGAAGUCACCUGACCCAGGUCAUGCAUAAAGAUCUGGGAUUGGAACCCAGGCCUGAAUCAGCAAGCCAUGUUCAAAAAAAAAAGAGGAAAAGAAAGCCAUGUUCUCACCACUAUGCCACACCAUCCUUGAGAUCACAGUGGGGUUCUAGGGAAAUCCCAUGUCCCCAACUCUCCCCCGCUGCUGAUCACGCUGGUGCCUGGAAGUCCCUGUCAGCUCCCCCUUGCAGGUCCUGACUGCUGAGCGAAGAGACUGGCACUUGGAAGGGUGAUAAAGUUGAAGCCAGCCCCCCGCCUUGCAAGGAGCAGGACACAGCAGAGCUGGGGCCUAGGACAGAGAGAUGGCUGGGGACAGGAGUGGCACUUAUCGGGCAGUGACUGCAUGCCCGGCCUCAUGCCGAACAGUUUAUCUGUAUGAUCUUAUGUAGGCCUCGCAAUAGCCCUGUGGCGUGGCACAGCAAUGACCCCGUUUUACUGCGGGGAAACAAGUUCAGAAAGUUGAACUACUUACUGACUCCGUCAGGAUUCACAACUAAGAAACGAGACUGCUGACUUCAGCUCCGAUGUCAGGAAAGGAAGGCGGGUAGACAGGAAACGGGGGGUGGGGGUGGCUAAGUUUACUCCAGGUCCCUUUUGUCUCAGGAGCUUGGGCUGUCGGACCUGCGGGUGGUUCAUUCAGCAACUGAUCUGGGCAGAGGUUCCCCAAACUCACCCUCCAUAUCCCACCCCACUGGCGCUCAGCCAAGCCCUAUAACUCGACUUUCACGGCCUGUCUGCUCUGUGCCAGGCCCUGUGCCAGGUCCUGGGAUGCCAGGUGAGCGGUACAGGACUGGUGAUGCCCUUGGGGCUCGUGGGGCUCGAGGGAGAGGGAGAGGAAUGGACCCGAUCACAUGGAUUGCGGCAGGGCCAGAGCCCAGAGGAGAGUGCGGGGCCCUGAGCGCGUGCCCUGCGCCAGACCUUGGAGACUUGGAGGACGCAGACUUGCUGACUGGGGAGGGAGGCUUCAGAGAAGGAUGUUCCCGGCGUGGAGAACGGAGGAGCACUGGGGAGCAGACCAGGCCUGGGGGGCUGCAGGGAGGAGGGUGUGGCUGUGAGGGUGAGGGGGGCCUGGGCCCGAGUUGGGGUGCAAGGCAAGUGCGGAGUGUAGAGAUAACUGGGAAGGACCCAGAGCUCUGUGUGAGGCAUCGUGUGAAUCCAGGGUGCAGACAGCGUGGCCCUUGAGGACACGUGUGCACGGCCACGGUGCCCCAGCGUUGGCGGGUAGACAUGGGCAGGGCCCCGAGACGUGGGCUUGUAGGAGCACAGUCCACUGGCCUCACACAGAUUGUCAUCCAGCGAUUGAAAAUGAUGUUUUUGAAGGAUAAUGUGGGAAAAUGCCACGAUGUAACGUCAAGUGAAGCCAGCCUCGGUUCCUCCUCUGUGGAAUGGGGCCAUAACAGUGUCACUUCAUAGGGCUGUUGGGAGGAUCAGUGACACAGGCCUAGGAAGCCCCCGGCCCAAUGCCUGGCACAGGGUUACGUGCUCAGCAAAUCGUGGCCGCAGUAUUAGGGUGAUCAACUGUAGGAAGGACACUGGCACUACGGCCACCAACUUGGCGAGAGGUCGGCCGUCGAGUGUAGGAUCGCUUCUUUCGACUUUUCUGUCUUUUCCUAGUUUUUCUCAGUGAACAGAAAUAAACGAUAAGUGUUAGGAAAUCGGGUGGCCCCAGGCCUCCCGAGCUGGUGAGUAGAACCAUCUUCCUAUAGCUAUUAAUGUCCGCACAGGAGGGCUCCGAGCCCAUGGUCCUCACCUGGGGGCCAUUUUGCCCCCCAGGGGACACUUGGCAAUGUGUGGAGAAACUUCUGGUUGUGCCUACUUGAGGGAGUGUUAUAGGCAUCUAGUAGGAGGUGGGGGUGCUGCUAGACACCCCAGCGUGCACAGGACAGCCCCCACGUCCAGGCGGUGUCCGGUCCCAGACCGCGGUAGUGCCCAGGUGGAGAGAGCCCCGCACAGGUCCCCUUCGCAAAGGCUUCGGAAACCCACAGGGGCUUCUGUGUGGCCAUGAACUUGGUUGUGGAGUGUCCUUUCGGUGGGCGGAAGGCUGUAACCAUAGCUGCUCCAGCUCUUGCCACCCGGGGCCCCACAGACCUGGCACCCUCAAGGUCAAGGUCAGCCAAACGAGGGUGCUGCCGCUGAGCCUCCUAGCGGGACAGCCUUGGUGCAGCUUCUCCCCAGAAAGGAGAGGAGAGUGUCCCCAGGGCAGGGAAGGGGAGUUCUGAUGCGGCACAGACAUGGUCCUCUUUCCCAGGGACAGGGACCCUGCAGGGGAGCCACGUGCUGGUGAAACACACACCCUCCAGCCUCAGCGCUGGUUCGGGCCGCCCCUGCUCCCUGGGAGUUCUCUUAGGGCUCUCUGUUGUCCUGACUCACGUCUGGUCUUUGGGCUCCUGAGAGGGUCAGGCUUCACAUGAUUUUCCCCAUGAGUUUCAGAAGCACCUCAGCAAAGGAAUAUUAUAGGGCAAUGCGGUCCCCUGAUCCCUGCAGCGAGAGCUUCUGGACCCCAACUCCCGCCCCGCUCAGACCCCCAUCUCACCUACUGACAAAUGUGUUGGCUGGAUGAGUGAAGGAAAGCUCCUGUCCCCUCUCUCUCUGCUCUGGCCCCAUGCAUCUUCUUGCUCUCUCUCCUUCACAUGCUCCUGCCGCAGGACCUUUGCACUUGCUGUUCCUUCUGCCUGGUACUCUCUUCCCAGAUGUCUGCCUGGCUGGCAGCUUCUCUUCCUUGAGGUCUCAGCUGGAAUGGCACCUCCUCAGAGACAGUUGUCCUUUACAACAGUCCCCUUUCAAGGCACCGAUGACUACCUGGAGUGAUGGCGUUGAUAUAUUGAUUUUUGCUAGGCGAGGUUGGGGGCCUCUGUCCCCCGCGUUCACUCCUUUGUGGUCACUGCACAGUGCCUGGCACACAGUGAGAGUUCAGGAGACAUGUACUGAAUGAACACAUGUGCUAGGGAGACUUUGCAAGGGCGUGAGGACGGAGGCGAGGCAACGGGACUGAGAAUAUGUAAGUGCCCGCGGGGAGCUCAUGAGCACCUUAGUUUUAUGGCUUGGAGUCCGGCAGACCUGGGUCAAACCCCCACUCCACUUACUAGUUGCAGGGCACUGACGCCUCUCUAACCUCUGGGAGCCUCAGCUUCCACACCCGUGAAAUGGGGAGACGCAGCCUUCUCUUCCUGGGACGGCGGGUGCAAUGAGGGGGGUGUGGCCGGCACAGUGAGGUGCCCAGUUAGCCCCAUCCUGGGAGACAGUCCCUGGCUACGGGGGCAGGCGCCGACCAUGUGAGGGGAACCAUGGAGGCCGCCAAGCUCCCCCAAGCCUCGAAGCCCCACCCCUGUGGUUUGGGGAGCCAGCCCCAGCCCUGCUGAGCUCUCUGUCUUUUGGCCUAAAAUUAGCUCACAAAUUCCUUGGCUGCCUGGCUGGUGCUUCCAACCGACAAUUCAAACCA